AUGGCCUCUUAUGGCGUGAAAAGCUUCUCACUCAACAAGCCCACCAAUACCCACAACAAUAACAACAAAGAAGGAACAUCUUCAAGGCUAUCCAAAUCACAGAUCGUCUACAGGAGCAAGCAAAGGAGGUGUAAUGUAGCAUAUGUGGCGAAGCGACUGUUGAAGAGCACCGGCAAGGCCACGUGGAUCGCCGGAACCACUUUCCUCAUCCUUGCCCUUCCCCUCAUCAUCGAGACGGGUCGCGACGAGCAGCUUAUUGAGCUCGAAUUGCAACAGGCCAGACUUCUUGGUACUCCACCGCACUGGUAGGUGAGGCCUCUGAGAAGUGAUUUAAUGUGGAAGUACGGAGAGUUUUUUGGAUUACUGAAUUUGAUUUUGGAUAUUAGGGUUUUAGAUUGGUUGGAGAAUAUUAGGGUUUAGAGGAUUGGGGUUUUAGAAAUGGGAAUUUGGUGGGUUUUGCUGGUUUGUUUUUAUAGAUGAUGAAUAUUACUUUUUGAGCUUGAUUUUGAACAUUGGGGUUUUAAAUUGGUUGGAGAAUGAUGGGGUUUUCAGGAGGUUUUGGGGUUCUAGAAAUGGGAAUUAUGGGAUUUUUGUUUGUUUGUGUCUGAUGGGUGAUGAAUGAUUUUGUGGAAUAUUCAUGGAUUAUGGUAUAAUUGUUU